UGAAGACUUCACGGCCCGUUGGCCAAUGGCAUCCCGUGGCAUCCCAUGGUCCGUCAAGCCUGGCCUCGUCUCCGGUCUCGAGCGGCAGUUGCAGCAGUCCCAGGCUUCUUUGCUGCGCGUGAUCCCGGACACGAGGCGUUGACCGUCGAAAUCUUGGGUCCUGGUCGUGAACUGCGCCGUCGAUCCAUGAAGUUUGGCGGUGAGCUGCGUGUUCCUUUCUUUUGACAAAUUGCAAAAGGCCUGUGAUAUGUUUUUGUCCUGAAAGUUGCUCCGUUCUACUUGCUGCCCACAUCAUUGAAGUUUGAAUUUUAGAGGCUCUUUCGGGACUGCCUCUCCUAGGUCACAGCCCACAAAGCAUCGCCGACACAAGCUUUGCCUCCUGGAUGGUGUCAGGAAUGGCGAGUGCUUCGGUUUAUUCCAGAAAGGGCCAGCUCAAAUCUUAUCCAGGCCAUCAACAAAGUGUGCAUUGACACCGACGCAAAAACAGAACAGUGCAGAAAUUGCCUGCUGAUGCCCUACACGAAGUCAAUUGUCAGCGCCGUCAUGUCGGUGCUAGUCAUGGUUGGCGCGCCUGUCUUUGAGUCGGCUGAAGAAAGGCCACUGAAAGUCCUUUGUAUUGGACUUGGUGGUGGCAGUAUUCCAUCAUUUUUGGUUGACAUGCUGCCAGGCUGCCUGGUGGAUGUUGUAGAGGUCGAGCCUGCAGUAAUCGAAUCUCUUGAAGCCAUGGGCUUUCAACCUGAUGACCACAUUCGUUUGUGGCUGGAAGAUGGUGCACAAUUUGUGUGCCGUGCUGUUGAUACAUUUGCCGUCGGGAAAGCUGAUGCCACUGGGCCGUAUGAUGCGGUGAUUGUUGACGCAUAUGAUGCCGACGGAUGUGUACCAGAUGCCUUCACCAUGGCGGACACUUUCUUUUCGCAGGCUUUGGCUGCUGGACUCCUUUCACAGCGAAGCGUCUUAGUAACAAACUUUCUACCUGGUACCGAUCUGGGGCCGGUGCUGAGUUGCCAGGCGGAGGCCCACCACAUUGAGACUCUUGACCCAGUGGGUAGCCGAAUUGGAAGGCUCUUGUGUGAAUGAGAGGGUGUUUGAGGAGUGUUGCGACGGUGAGACCCAUUGAGAAAC